ACGAAAACGUUUCAAAGAUAAGGAGGCGUUCGAAAACGUUUCCUGAAAUAGGAUAAAUGUUAUCUAAUUUUAGUCACCGGUGUUUGCUGGCAACUUUCAACCAUCCAUACAUUACGGGCGGUCAAGACUGAACCUCGGCGGGAGUCUGGUAGAGUCCUUCGAAAGGACCUCACUGAAUUUAAAGUUUGUCUCGGCUACGGCAUGACAGUGUUAAAGUGAUUAACGGUGCGUCAGUGGGAUAACAUCUAGGGAAACCGCCUUCAAUCAUCGUCAUUCGGUUGAUUGUACGCAUCGCUGUUUCCGGAAACGACUCCAUUCAUGGCCUGAUAUUUUUUUUUUCUUUUUUAUGUGAAUUUUAUGGCCGGGAUGAUGGAGUUCACGUUUUGCAGAGUGGUAUAACCAUACACUAAGGGCUUCACCGACACCACCACAGAGGCUCCCCGUCCUUCUCCUCCUCCUCCAAGCGACGACCACGAUGCGUCAGGAGGAGAGACGGUGGCCACGAGAUGCUGUGGGUCAAGAUGCGAAGGGCGCUGCGUCCUGCGACGGUGGCUCUGCUCAUCGGCGUCGCCUUCUGCGGGAUGGUGCUGUUCUCGAGUCUGGAGUCCGUCGAUUAUAAGGUGCGCAGACUCCGUCCAGCUGCGCGUUUGAAAUCCAAACAGGAACUGCAAGAAGAGAUGAUGAGGAAUGUCGACCUUUUCAAUGGCGUUGGUCUGGAAUUCCUGCCGAAUUUCAAGAAUCCGUGCUGGUACGACCGGCAGGGCGCCUCUGCGAAGAGGGACAACCUCUUUGCAAGUCUGCUGAAGCCUGCUUCUGCAGCGGCCCUUGUGAGUCACCAGCACUACAGCAAGCGAAGCUACGUGCUCCGCUGCCUUCCCUACUUCUUCCUGAUUGGCCAGCCAAAGUGCGCCACGACAGACGUCUUCCAGAGGAUCAACAUGCAUCCAGACGUGGCUGGAACUCUACUCAAAGGGCCCCACUGGUGGACUAGAAGGAGAUACGGUCAGCCGUAUUCCCCAAGACCCAUCACAUUUCUGGAGUACCUGGACUUGUUCACCACAGCAGCAGUUGACAUCGAAGGCCACUGGGUCAACUCGUCCAUUCCAGGCGUUCCAUUCCACCAGAAGAUCACGGGCGACGGAAGCACCUCCACCCUGUGGGACGGGAGUCCCACCAUGAACUACAUGUACUCAACCCUCAACAAAAAUUCCACCAAGAAGGUCCUGCAGCUCUUCUUCAACAAAAGAGAAGGAUUCAGUCGCCAGAUCAGGAGCUCUGAAACCGAGUCUGUGACAGAGGAUGACGCCAGGCAGAACCAGAGUAGAGAUUUCGAAGGGUGCUGCUUCUCAAACGCGACUUCUAAGGGCGAUUACACGGAUGUCGAAAGGACACUGUACAGACAGCUCUUUAGCAUACAGCCUGGGGUCGUCCUUCCUGUAACCACUGCCGACAUCAUACACGCUGUGCUGCCAAAAUCUCGGAUCAUUGCUGUUAUAAGGGAACCAGCAUCCAGGCUAUACUCCAGCUAUGCCUUCUUCACCAAGAAGCCCGAUAUAUCUCCCGAAAACUUUGACAUAGCUGUCCAGUCUUCGAUCCAGAAAUGGGAACUUUGUACUUCUCGUUAUUCAGAAAGGACCUGCGCUUACAACAAGACGUUGCAGUAUGAUCUGGAAGUCCGUCUGUACAACGGCAUGUACAACAUCUUCCUUCGGGAUUGGUUGAACGUCUUCCCAGAGGACCAGGUUCUAGUCAUUCGGAUGGAGGACUACCAUCGCGACAUAACAGCCACUAUGGCGUCCAUCUAUGCCCAUCUUGGACUGAGAGGACUAUCUGAAGACGAGGAAAACUUGGUGAACAUGGCCCCAGUACAGAACAAAAACAGAAAGAAGGGUAAUGUCGGAAAAAUGCUAAACAAGACGGCUGAAGUUCUCAAGAGAUUUUAUGAGCCGUAUAACAAGGACUUGGUUGCUCUCUUAGGCGAUGCCAAGUUCUUCUGGGAAGAUUAUUACGCCAAGCUAUAGAACUGUAUUCAGAGCUAAGGAAUAGCCAUCUCAUUUAUUUACAAAAUAUGUCACUGGAAACUGUCAGCAGUUACCGGUAUGUCUUAACUGCAUUUAAUGUUUUUAGAGUAACCUAGCUGUGCAGUCCGUAGCAGUAUUUUCUGAGUAUGUAGUGAAGAUGCCAUGAUGAAAAAAUAAUAAGAAAAGUGUCGAGUGUUGGUGACAAGUAAGUCAACAAUUGGUGCUCAUUAACACCAGGUGAGUUGGUUUAGAUCAGCACAUACUCUGCUAAGGAAUAAACUUGGUUUUUUGUAGAACCUGACUGGGCUCAUUUUGUAGCUGACUUUUUUUUUUAGAGCCUGAUGGAUUUACUUUGAAGCUGAAUAUUUUUUUCGGUAAAACCAAACUAGACUUAAUUUAAAGCUGAAGUUAUUUUUUGUAGAACCAGAGUAGAUUUUUUUGUAGAACCAAACUAUACUUACUUUGAAGCAGAAAUAGUUUUGUAGAACUAGACUAGAACUUAGUUUGAAGCUGAGCAUUUUUGUAGAAUCAGCCUAGACUUAGUUUGAAGGUAAACAUUUUUUUGUAGAACCAGCUGAGUCUUACUUUGAAGCUGAAGUUUUUUUUUUCUUUCGUGUAGAAUCAGACUAGACUUCAUUUGUAGCUGAAACUUCAAGUGACAUUCAUCUGUCUGGUAAGGAGAACUUCAUAGUUGCCAAAAGCUCACUUCCUCAGGACAUAGAUAUAUUUUUUAAAAUCUUCUCUGUAGUGCCAUUUUACAACUCAGGAUGACGUGGUUGCCUAGUGACAGGAACCCAUGGCUUGCCUUGAAAUUAAAAAAGUACAAAUCUACUAAGGUGCAUUGUAUUGCAUUUAAUACGUGGAAACUCUACCGUCUACAGUUCAAUCUGCGUCUGCGCAGACUCUGCAGUUGAACCACCAAGAUGCCAUUUGCAUCCAUUUUACUUAAUUACAUUAACCGAUGCUUUUCAUUGUAAAGGAUUAACAAUGAAUCCUGUCCUCAGAGGACUCCUAGCAACAAGUGCCAAUUGUAGAUACAAACGCUGAUAGGAUAUAGGAUCCCAGAAGGAACCAUGCCCAUGGUUUCCUAUAAAUUUAGGUGCUUUUUUCCACGCAGAGGGGCCAUUCGCCUGGUUUCUCACUGCUGAGUACUCAGUAUAGGUUGUAAUGCAUUUCAGUAGGUCUAAAGCUUCGUCUCCAGUGGCUGGGAGAUUUACCUCACCGCUACUUGGGUCUCGUUAAGCAAUAACCUAUUUGCUUCGAAUCUAAUGUAGAAUAAGACAACUUUAGCAGAUACAGUGCGACAGCACUGUAGAUUGGUGUGUAUUUUCAUUGAAUUUUUGGCUAAUUUUAUGUGGGUAUUGUACCUCGGCUCUGAAAGGUUGUUGUUGUAGAAACUUGCUAUUAGAAUGCCUCUUCCCACUGAGAAGGUGCUAGACAGUACUCUGUCUGUUUGUUCUAUUGUUUUUCAAUAAUUGCGGCACAUGCUUACUUCCUAAUUAUAUUUUAGACGGAGGACUAGAAGCAUUAUAGAUGGAAAAACAAGAAAAUUUUGAAUUCACCUUUUUUGUGUCUUUAUUGGGCUUUUUUUUUUUUUUGUUUUGGGGGGG